AUGAAAGUUGACCUUAUGAAAGCUUAUGAUAAUGUGAGAUGGGAUUUCCUUUUUGACAUUUUGAAUGCUAUGAAUUUCCCGCUAGGAUCAUGGCUGAAAAGGCUUCUGAUCCUUAAUUCAAAUUUCACUGGAGAUGUAGUAAAACGAAGACUGUCAAUCUCUGUUUUGCGGAAUGAUUUAAUGAUCUUUUGCAAAGGUGACAUCAAAUUUGUCCACCUUAUCAAGGAUGGCCUUAAUGAAUUCCAUAAACUGUCCGGUCUUUCUCUUAAUCCUUUGAAAAGUCAUGUGUUCUUCUCGGGUUGCGAGAAAAAGCUUCGUGAGGAGAUCUUGGGUGUCACUACAUUUAAGGAGGGGCAUCUUCCUGUGAGAUACUUGGGAGUUCCUCUUAUUCCUACUAGGCUUAAAUCUAGUGACUGUCAAGGCUUGGUGUCUAGAAUAUCUGCUCGAAUUAAGUCUUGGACUAAUAAGGUGUUGACUUAUGCUGGAAGAGCCCAGCUGAUUAGUACCAUCUUAUUCUCUAUGCAAGUUUAUUGGUCGUCCUUAUUUAUCCUCCCUAAGAAGGUUAUUAAGGAGGUUGAGAGCUUGUGCAGGUCUUUUCUGUGGACUGGUAUUGAGCUUAAGAGCACUAGUGCUAAAGUGUCUUGGGAUAGAGUUUGUUCCCCUAAGAAUGAAGGGGGGUUAGGUUUUAACUCUAUGGAGGUUUGGAAUAGGGCUACUAUUGCUAAGCAUGUGUGGUUGCUGGGGGUGAUCAGUCUAUGUGGUGUCAGUGGGUGA